CCGCCACUCAACGGCGUAUUGAACUUUAAGUUGAAGCAAGCGAGCUGACGACUCGGCGCCUUGGUUCAUCCCAUCAGACAUCUUUGGUAGAGCGGCUGGUUCCGUCUUGCACCCACAACCACGAGAUGGUAACAGAUCACAUGCUCCUCAAAAGCCCGCACACCAAUCCAAGACCAAGAGAACUCCAGAUGGGUGGGCCAGGUACAAGUCCUUUGCCUAUUUUUGUCUGGUCUAUUUUCUAUUUCACUAGUAGUUUGUGUUAUGUGUGGCAGGAAGAUACUAGUCCUGUGCAGGGUCCAGGCUUGGGAUCUCGACAGAGGCUCGAGCGUCACCAAAAAGUAUAUUGGCUCGCCCCAACUUGGUAAAGUCAUGAUCAACCUCAUCACUUGCCAUUCGACUGGUACUUGUCCCUUCUUAUUACAACCCUAUCUGGACCUCUGACCACUAAUCUGGGGAUUAUAUUCCGGCUUUGAGAUUCGAGCCUCGUCAAAUCAUGUCCACUACCAAAGAUGCGACAUCACUUACUGCGCUGGUGAAGAAAACUCAGCCGGACCUGACGCGGUAUGAGAACUUGUACAAGACCUUGCAUUUAAAUCCAGAGCUAUCACACCAAGAGUCAGAGACCGCGACUUUGAUUGUUGAACAUCUUCAAAGCCUGAGUAAUGACUUUGAGAUUCGCACCAAGAUUGGAGGCCAUGGUCUCAUUGCGCUGUUGAAGAAUGGACCGGGGAAGACUGUCAUGCUUCGAGCUGACAUGGACGCUCUCCCGGUGGCAGAAAGGACGAACCUGGAUUACGCCAGUCAGAAGAAGCAAAUAGGCGCCGAUGGAAAGGAAACUCCGGUUAUGCAUGCGUGUGGACAUGACUUCCAUGUGAUAUGUCUACUCAUUGCAGCAGAAGCUUUGUUAUCAGCUAGGGAUUCAUGGUCAGGGACCAUUGUCUUCCUGUUCCAGCCAGCCGAAGAAGCAGGUGACGGUGCACUGGGAAUGGUCCAAGAUGGGCUCUAUGACGCCGACAAGCACAAUUGCCCUCUUCCUGAUAUGGUUCUCGGACAACACGUCGCACCCAUCCGCGCCGGCAUUGUGGCAUCCAAGGCAGGGCCCAUAAUGAGCUCUUCUGACAGUUUCAAAGUGACCAUCUUUGGCCGUGGAGGCCAUGGAAGCAUGCCUCACCGGUGUAUCGACCCUGUGGUCAUUUCCAGUCACAUUGUGGUACGACUGCAGACGAUUGUCAGUCGAGUGGUGCCACCGGAUGAGGUUGCAGUCAUCACAGUUGGAUCCAUUCAUGCUGGCGCGGCGGAGAACGUUAUUUGCGACCAUGCAUUUUUCACCAUCAAUGUACGCACACUUGACGAAGAAGUCCGCCGCACCGUCUUGGACCACAUCCGAAAAACCAUCGAUGCAGAAUGCGCGGCUGGAUUCUGCGAAAAGCCGCCUCAGGUCGAGCACCACAUGAGCCUCCCAGUUACCAAUAACACCCCAGUGGUCGACAAUACACUGCGACAUGUGUUUGCUGAUCACUUUGAGAAAGCAUUCUUCGUGGCGCCUAAGAGCAGUCUUGCAAGUGAAGAUUUUAGUAUCUUGGCCUCGUCAAUCGGCAAACCAUAUUACUUCUGGCUCUUUGGUGGUAUUGAUCCAGUGGUGUGGGAUGCGUUGGAAAAGGUCAACAAGUUGAACACAGUUCCAAUCAACCAUAGCCCGGACUUUGCACCCAUUAUUCACCCGACAUUGCAAACAGGUGGAGAGGCUAUGACUUUGGCUGCAUUGUCAUUUCUACGAGGAUGAAGCAUCAGCGUCUGAAAGAGAGUGAACGAUUCCGGAAUUUUUGAUCUUGUGGAUAUGGUACUAUGAUUCGAGAGAGCUGAAUUUAGUCGUAGAUAGGAAGAACUUCGGUUUAAUAACCAUACACGACUCUUGGAAUAGCUAUUCUGGUCUGUCAUCAUCGACAGGUUGAUAUAAUAGCCACAUGCCUGCA